AUGACAAUCACCAAUUUGGAACAAGACCUGGCGCCUGUGCUGCGGUCAGGAAGAAAGAAAGUGCCUGCGGUCUGGAUGAGAGCAGGGACAUCAAAGGGUCUUUUCUUCCACGCGAAGGAUCUUCCCGUCUCAUCAAGAUCUCUGGAGUCGAUUCUGCUCUCGGCAAUGGGCUCUGCGCAGGCCAACUCAAGACAAGUGAAUGGCGUUGGUGGUGCAACCUCGACCACGUCCAAAGUGGCCAUUGUUGCCAAGUCAAAGCGGCCACACAUCGACGUCGACUAUACGUUCGUGCAAGUUGCUCCAGAUCAGCCCAAGCUCGACAUGACUGGCAAUUGUGGCAAUAUCGCGUCAGGUGUUGGACCCUUCAGUCUGGACGAGGGGCUUGUAAAGGCCCGUCCAGGGCAAUCCGAGAUCAACAUUCGCAUAUUCAACACCAAUACAGAGCAAGUGGUUGUCGAGACUGUUCAGGUAGCUCCAGAUGGAAGCUCCCGCGAAGACGGAGAUUAUGAGCUUGCCGGUGUACCUGGUACUGCGAGUCCAAUCAAACUUGCCUUUGUAAAGCCACAAGGAAGCAUGACUGGGACGAUGUUCCCGUGUGGUCUCAAACAACGACUUCUGAGAGUGGAUUCACCAUUAUGGGGAAUCUUCUCGGUACGGGUCAGCCUGGUCGAUGCCGCCAACCCCUUCGUUCUCGUUGAUGCGUCUUCUCUGCCCGUUUCCAAGCAGACCCUUCAACAAGACGUUCAUGAGAGUGGCCUGCUCGCUAUGGUGGAAGACAUACGACGCGAGGGUGCUGUGCAAUUUGGCCUCGCGACGGACGUACUCGCGGCGAGUAUGAUACGGGGAACACCCAAGAUCGCCUUCUUGUCAGCACCAUCUGCUGAAGAUGCGAAUGAUGCAGACAUUGAAGUUCUCUCAUUUUCUAUGGGGAAAGCGCAUCCAAGUCUGCAAUUAACUGGCGCCGUUUGCAUUGCAGCUGCGAUGGCAAUUCCAGGCACUGUUGCAUGGGAUCUGGCACGAGGAAAAAGCCUUGCAGAUGUUCCCAAACAUGGCAUGUCCGUUGCGAAUCAGGAGAUUGCCUCGCCUGUACCUGUCGGUAUCCGGCAUCCCUCGGGCAUCAUACAUACGGAAACCGUGCUCGAGGUGGAUCACACAGGCGACGCACGUGUAGAGCGAGUUGCUGUGAUGCGAACGGCACGUCGGCUGUUUGAGGGCAAUGUAUAUUACUGA